AUUUUAUUUCACUGUGUGUGUGCAAUAUUUUGUUCUUUGUUCACACUCUGUCAUUCAAAUUAAAAACUAAAAGUUCCUCAUACAAUUCAAAUAAGUUGAUAUUAUUUAAGAACAAGAAAGAAUAAUCAUGUUAAAGUUUGAAAUAGUUUCUUCAAGAACAGUAGAAGGUUUUGAAAAUGAAAAGAAAUUCGUAGCUUAUAUGGUGCAGGCAAGGCAGGCUACUGAAUCCAGGGUGCUGGAUCCAGACCCCGCGAACGUUGAGAGGCGAUACACUCACUUCUUAGACCUGUACAACGGCUUGAAGAAGGAAUUUCCAGCUUUGCUAAAUAAUAUUUCAUUCCCUAGAAAGAUUGUGGUUGGUAAUUUUGAUCCAAACUUGAUUUCCUCCCGAUGUGCAGCGUUUGAGUCACUAUUAGAUUUGAUAGCAAGUGAAUCCCGCCUCCGGGACUCCCCGGCCGCUAUCACAUUUUUCAAGGACAUUGAGCUAAUUGAAGCUAAAAGACUCAUCAAUGAUGGCAAGUUUGACCAAGCACUCUCAGUGUUGGAGACGAGUUUCAAAUUAUUAAACAAGGUAUAUACGGAUAGAUCGCGUGUGGUACUUGGCGCUUUGUGCCGUAUCGUGGCCUGCGCCGGGGCAAGUGAUGGCACUCUCGCUGGACCAGUAGAGCGCUGGGCACAACUUGCUUUGAAACGUUAUGAAGCAGUCAGUGACUCAGACUUGCUUCUCAUAUAUGUACCACUUCUCCACACUUGUAUUUCCAUUUGGGAGACGCUCGGCCGGGAUAAGUCUAAGCUAGUGGAGGAACUGAAUGACCUUCGUCGGCGUGGAAUGAAGGUAGAUUCAGUGCCAAGCCUGAUGGAGGCCGUAGACAGCCUUACAACUACAGACUAGACCCAAGUAGAGGGUUACACAUUUUAAUUAUAUAUUUCUUUGACAAUUUACAUCUGUGCUGCAGCAUUUUUUGGACCAAAAAUUUUAUAUUUGAAACUGCUUGUUGCUGGAUUACCAUAUUCUAGAAAAUCGUUAGUGAGAAUCAUUCUAUCAAGUAGAAAUAAGAUCAUGCGAUGUGCGCACUACGUUUUCGUUACGUAGGUAAGCUAACUCGUGAUGUUUGUAGUUCCACCGUAAUCCGACAGAUGGCAUUAUAUAAAAAAUGUGGCCUUUAGUUUCUUUGGUAGCAAUAAAAUUAUAAAUGAUCUGUGUUAACUGAGUAUGUUCGUAGAUUAGGAAUUGUGAGCUUUUGGAUCUAUUAAAUAAAAUAUAUAUAUAUAUUGUGAUAGACAAAGCAGGCUAAUAUAGCGAUUGGUAUUGACGCUGAUAAAUUGGAAAGAAGAUAAAAACUAGAAUUGAAUAAUGACACAGACAGGCUAACUGAGCCUAAUAGACAAACAUCUCUCAUUCUUUAGACAUGUAGUGAAUUUUACGUAUAUUAGAUUUAUAUUUGUAAAUUUUGCAUACUCGACAUUGUAUUGGCUUGUAUCUCAUUAGUUUUUAAGUAUAGUUAUUUGUUUAAGUCAUUUAUCAACGUAUAUUUUAUUGAAAAAAAAGUAAAUUAUUAUCUAUGUGUUUAAGUAUAAUAUGUGAGACAUAGCUGUUGAUAGUUUUUAGAGAGAAACAAUUGAAUUGGACUCGAUUUUAUCCAUUCUUUUAUAUAAUCUGGGGGUUUUAAGGUGUACUUGAUAUAGAUUUUUUAAAUAAUCAUGGCAUUUUAUAAAUAGGGAUUUUAAAUAAAGAAAAUAUUAAAGCAUUUCACCCUUUAACGCAAUAUGGGAUGCUCUAACAAUGUAAUGGAAAUUAGCUUGUCAAUUUUAUAAAUAAGGGCUUAGAAUGUACUAGGAAACUUUCUAAAAUGCUCCCAAUAUUUGAAUUUCAUUAUUAUGAAGCUUUAAUGUGUUUAAAAUGAUAUUUCAGUCUAGUCUUAUUCACAAAAAGUAUGUAUAAAUGUAACAUCUAUACCUAUAAUAGCUUUACAACUGCAUUAAUUAUUGAAGGGUCAAUUACAUAUGAUAGCAAUUAAAGAUUUAUAAUCGACAUAAAAAAAUGUCAUAAAAAAUAUGCAUGGCCUGAAAUAUUUUACUCAAUUUUUACAAUAUAGCUUCGAUUUUUAAUAUAUUAUGUAAACUGUGCAAUAAGCGAAAAACAUAGGCAUAAUAAAAUAAAUGGUAUAAUUUAAAAAAAUAUGUUUUGUAUUAAUGUAAUUAGGUGACAUAUUGUGUGAAUAUGUGAUCAUUAUUGUGGAGUAAUUUUUAUGUUGGGAAUUAUGGUAUUAAGUAAUCUCACAUCACUUGGGAUUCAUGACGUAACUAGUGAAAAUUGCUCUAGCAAUACUGUCGUGGAAAACCAUCCGUUAACCCUUAGACUGCCAUGUCAGUCACCGGUGCCUGACGCUAGUGGAGGUUUGACUUUCAUCGUUUUAAAGUUGGCAGUUAAAGUAUUAAUCAAUUAGCCUUUCAAUCGUCGAUUUACCUUUUUUGCUGACGGGUUGAAUAUUAGUGAGUAAAAAUCGUCUUACAAAGAUUUUAAAAUGAAAAUCGUCAUCACGAAUCGAGAGACCAUUUUUAUUAGAAAAAUAAAUUGGCCAUAGUAACGAUCACCAUAUUUAUUUUUUAAAGAGGACUCGAAUAUAUGUUUUUCUAUUAUUUCUGUAUUUGAUCAGUUGGUAUAUGAGCGGCUAGACAUUUCUAUGAUAUUAUAUUACCUUUUCUUUUAAUAAAUAAAUGCUAAUGUUAAGAUGACUGAUAUUUUAUACAUUUGUAGCCAUUGUAGAAAAUAAUAAAAAUUAUAUACAGACUUGAUUUGUCAUUUUUUGUAAUUCCCAAUAAUUGAUAUAAACUUUAUCAUAUUGGCGGCUAGUUUGCGCAGCAGAUAUGCCAGUGUAGUUAUAAAUCGGAGUCG